ACUCUGAAUGCUCUGUGCCUUGUGUAUCUCAGUAACACAGCACCAGCAGUCACUUUAAAGGCCUGGUGAUAAGGGCAGGAAAGUAGUCCGUCUCCCUGUAAGCUAUUCUGCCAUUAAAAGGAACACGCUCGACACAUUCACCCAAUGACAAGUUAAAUAUAGAAGAGGAUUACAGAGCCAUUGUUUUCAGCCAUGUCAAAUAAGAUUAUAUACUUGAAAUGGAAUGUCACCUGACCUUUCGGUGAAUUGUCCGUCUCCGCGUCUAUUUAAGUGUUAGGGAAUUGCUCUCUUGUUGAAUAUCUGCUCUCCCUGUCCUUUGGGCGACUUAAGCUGGUGGAAAAUGCACACAUUUCAUAAAAGCAGACUGCAACCGAAGAGAUCAUGCCACCCAGCAAACAAAGCAGCCUCAAAUCAUUGCUCUCCCUGUCUCAGUUUGUAUUGACUUCUGGCCAGCCCGGACAGCCCGCCUUUCAAAAACAUUCAAGAAUUUCUUAUCUGGAAGUGGAAGUUCUCGAUGCUCAGACAAGGAAGCAGAUUUGCAUUCUGGAAAAGAUGCUUCCUUCGUUUACCAUUGCUGAUGUGAAGCACAAGUUUUACAAAACGUGUCCCCAGUGGUACCCUUCACGGGUCGGCUUGCAACUUGAAUCCAAUGGUCCUCCACUGAGGGAAACCCAAGCCCUUAAGAACCUUGCAACCUCAUCCAUUAUUACAUUAUACUUCAGAGAUCUGGGGACACAGAUAAACUGGACCACGGUCUUUCUAACAGAAUACACUGGGCCUCUCUUAAUCUACCUGUUGUUUUAUUUUCGCUUGCCAAAUCUUUACGGUUUGGAGGACAUAAACCACUGUAGCCGCCAACCCGUGGUGCACUUGGCUUGUCUCUGCCAUUCUCUUCACUACACCAAGCAGAUCCUCGAAACACUCUUCCUGCACUGCUUCUCCAACGAGAAUACUGCUCUGGAGAAGCUGCUGAAGGGCUGUGCCUUCUACUGGGGAUUUACUGCAUGGAUGGCUUAUUACAUCAACCACCCACUGUAUACAUCUCCCAGCUUUGGCAAUAGACAAGUCAUGCCAGCUCUGGUCUGUUUUCUGGUCUGUGGAGCUGGAAACUAUUUUACAAAUGCUGUUAUAAUCCAAGUGCAUAAGACAGGUACCAAGAAUCAUUUUGUGAGACCAACUUACAACCCCUUAACAUGGCUUUUCAAACUGGUUUCCUGCCCCAACUAUACAUAUGAGAUGGGAGCCUGGAUUAGCUUCACCAUUAUGACUCAAACAUUUCCAGUUGCCGUCUUCACUCUGAUGCUCUCUCUCCAGCUGAUAUUGUGGGCUCAAAGGAAGCAUUACCAAUAUCAGAAAGAUUGUAAAAAUUAUCCCAGCUACCGAACGGCCUUGAUCCCAUUCAUACUUUAAGCGCCUGAGUUCAUGCGUGUAGAUCUAGAGUUUUUAUACAUUGAUGUAAAGUGAGUGAAGCUUCGACUGCAGUGAAAAUAAAUAAAUGGAAAGAUGGUGACUCGCUUUCAACGGGCCUGCACUAUUGCACAAACUCAUGAGCGACGGUGGUGCUAUUGUGUUAGAGGGAAGAAGCAGAGAUUGUCAGUGUAGCCAUGGUAACGUGAGCAAUAAGCAAACAUAAGGAGACAGAAGCUGCUGAUAAACCUGAUGAAAGUUGAUGGCAGGGAGUGUAGGAAGGAAGUG